AUGCUUGGGCGAGUUCACCAGACCGGGUUCUUUGAGCAUCUGCUGCAGAAUGAAGCUGCUCAGAGGUACCUUUGCUGCGUCUCACGCUCGCACGUAGAGAUUACGCCUCUUGGGAAUGGCGACUUUCAGGUGACCAAUCUCAGCGCGAACCCCGUGGCGAUCGCCGGGCCCAAGUUGGGGAAGGGCGAACAGGCCACGUUGAGGCCAAACAGUUGCAUCGACUUCAUCGGGACGCACUCCGAUGGCUCUGGGCAGACGGUGGUGUAUUUGAAGCUGAAACUCCUUGAAGCACAGCCAAAGAUACAAAGAGAUCAGUCACAGGGCAGCGAGAAGCCACCCACCGAGCCUCUCUUGGAGGCCUUGGGCGGUGCCGAGGGUAUCAGUGCCUUUGGUCACGGCUUGCGACGUCUGCUGCCGCAGAUCGACGACCUCCGCAAGGCUCCCUUCUGGCUGCAGCUGGAUGGCUCUGCGGUGCGGCAGGCCUUUCCGGCGGAGCAGCGGAUCUUGGAGGGCACACCUCAGGGGCUUCUGGUGGGACGGGCGCAUCAGCAGACACUUCAUCAGGAGGCAUUGAGGAAGGAGGUGCGAGAAUACUUGAGUCGGGAUCACUUCCGAAUCCUUCGGGAGAAGGAUGGGCGUUUCCAGUUGGUGGCCUUGAGUUCAAACCCCAUUUGGCGCGAUCGACGUGGAGCGCCGCGGUGUGAACUGGAGAAAGGCGAUGCUCCACUCUCCUUAGCCUCGGGAGAUGAGAUCCUCCUCUUCACCGGCGCCACGGACUGCACGCCGGAUGGCCCGGAAAAUCUGGGGACCCUCAAAUGGCGCUUCAUCCAGAGCGAUGGACGUGCCAAAGAUCCGGUGCUGGACAACGAGACCAUGCGAUCAGUCAAGAGGAACAGUCGGGAUAGCAGCCCGAGGGGCGUGCACCACGCAGGUCAGGUGGAGAAAGCUGGACAAAAGCAUCGCUACACCUGCCUGGGGCAGGUCUUCGACGCCUUCGUGGAGGAGCCCCGGUCGCGCGGGAAGUCGCCGGGCCGCGUCACCUUCGCGCCAGAGCCGUCUUCGACGAAGGAUUUCAGGAGGUCCGCCGGACCUUUUUCGUGCCGAUGUUCCAGGUCCACGAGCCGAUCUUUGGGAAUGUUCGAAAAAGGACAAGCACUCCACAGUGCAGAGACCAGCCACGGGCUACAUCCGAGAAGUGCCUCCUGA